AUGGCGGAUCCAGAAAUGCACAUCGUCGAUUCUACUCCGCGCGAAUGCCCAGAGCUCAGUGACUCAAAAUCUGCACUGCAAGCUGUUGAAAAUUCUGGCAUACGAGGCUCAUCCGCACCCCCUAGUGAUGGAUGUUGCUUCGCAACACCGUAUAUUUACUAUGGGUACAUCAAGAAUUAUGUAGAAAGCAAGAACGGAACCUGUUACAUAGAGAAACAGCUCUAUCCAGCUGAGAAUGGACGAGUCAUAUUUAACUACGCCUACAGAGAGAGCGGCGAAAUUGUCAAACGAUUCAAUGCAGAGUAUUACCUAGAAUCCGGUCCAGGGUACAACGUCAGCAAUGUUGAAGUUUGGCCAACUCCAAGCGGGGAGUAUUCGUCGUUCCCUGUCCUCUACCUGAAGUGCGGGAGCUGCAUUAUUUACAAACCCGUCAGAGUAGCAGAUAACGCCUGCUCUAUGACGGUCGUGGAUCCGAACAAUAUCGACCCAUGCUGCAUGGAAAUGUACGACUACCUGUGUGGCCCCACGAGAGUUCCGGUGUACGACAAAUGCGCAUGCGCCGACGUGUACGCCGUCAUCUUGUAG